GCAACGUCCACUGCCGCCAUGCCUUUUGCGAGAGCCAAGGUACCUGAAUACCCCAGACCAGUGUCUCCGAUCGAUUUCGAAGAAUUACCUAUUUGUGCCGACACCAUCGUGUACGACGAGCAGGCCAGUAUAGAAGACGAGGCCAACGAACGCGCAGCAAAGAGACAGCGAAUCGAAGCCUAUGCCACUUCCUACCUCCGUGGUGAACCUCUGUUCAUUGCCACAGCACAGCUAAAGGGACCAUUUGGGAGUGGUUGGCAGAACCCGUGGGCAAGGGCGAAGCCCAAAAACAAUGACUUGCAGCAAGAUGCCCUGCGGAGGGAUAUCCAUACAACAGCUGCAAAUUCAGCGCGGCAGCAAAGGCAGAAGUCCUCGCCGUCAAUUAAACGGCCUGCUGUGCGACAAAGCACCCAUCUGCAGCAGCAGAAGAAGAAGAAGAGCGAGAAGCUUCUGAAGAGGGCAGAGAGCCUUGACGAGCAGUUGUUUUGGUCAGGAAGACACACCCGUGUACACCAGUCAUCAGUGGAAGAAGGGGUCGGCGAAACACGGAAAGUCGAAGAUUGGCUCAAGAGAAACAGUUUCUACGAACACGCGGAGCAAAGGCAUGCACCGUCAUUCUCGUCAAUGUCUUCGCCGACAUACAGAUAUUCUCAAAAGAGGACGAAGAAAUGGGAAGCUACUCCUAUUCCCAUUGAGUAUCCUCCAAUUGCCGACCCCGUGGUGCCCAUGGUCAAUGUACAGGACAUAGCAUCACAGAGUUCAACCGCGAAGAUGCAGCGUCGAGAGCGCGAAAAGAAACGUUCCUUGUUGGACGACCGAUCAACAACGGAAGGAAAAAUGGAAAGAGAAAUGCCCAAGAGCUCUCCAGUACUCGCGAAAGGGCCUUGGACAUCUGCACAUUCUCAAGAAGACCCAGAGCUCUCUAAAGUCUCGUUUCCGAUGGAUAACGAUCUGAGGCAAAUUGUUGUGGAAGCUUGCGAACCAGCACGGGCUGUUGUGGAACUCACAAGUCUACCUGCUCUUGACCUGGAUGCUGCUCAUGCCACGAACGAAGGUCAACUUGGAAGAUCACAGCUACCUCACUUGACGUCUACAGGCCUGGUUUCAGCAGACCCAUUUGGCUCUCACAUAGGCUCUGCUUCUCUCCACACUGCCCCAGAACAUUCAUCUUCUCGUCCACAUACUUGCGCCAUUCCUACACUAUCCAAAGAAACGUCCAAAGCAAGCGUGUUAUAUGAUCUUCCUUCUGCCCAGGCACAAGCGCCGCCAGUGUUGCACUCGGCCCCUUCGAAUUUGUCCAGCAAUAUUCAAAUUAUUCAAGAUCUGCCAGAUCAGCCGGCUUCAGAGGCACAUGGUUCGGAAAUGAUCACUCACCACGUGGCGGUACAGACUGCGGAGAAGAUCGAUAAGCUGGCUUCUGGUCACGACGAAGACAUUCCCUCCGCCAACUUGAAAAACUAUGAGAAGCCGGGCCCAUCAGCGUCGGCUGUCGAGGACAAGGCUGACCUCUUCAUUCCAAUCUCAACUGUCCAGGCUAGCACUGUCAAAAAGAUAUACAGCACAAACGAGAGCAAAUCUUCUCCGAAGGGCGUCACGAAGACAAGAGCAGUGAAGAAGAAGAAAGCAGCCUUUCUCGCGGACGAGAACUCCUCUGGCUCCUCUCAAGGGUCAAUAAAAUUGGCCAUGAAAGUGGCGAAACCCUCAGCGAUGAACCAAGACAAACUGAACAUCGUCAACGCACAGAAGUUGUCCGAGUUGGGACCGGAAGCUGAAGAAAAUAUUGGACAGUUAUCAUUUUCGUAUCAGGAGAAGUUGAUCCACGAUGGCUCUGUGCGAAAGGGUAUACUCAAAUCAUCUCUCAAGACUUCUGCUGGACCGGCACUGUCCUCGGCAAAUGGUGCUUCAUCGUCGACGAAACAUGAUGCUCAGCGACCUCUGAAGCUUAACGCGAUUGAGAAUGCAACUAUAUCGUUCAAAGAUGAUGACUUUGACUUAGACGGUGCAAUGAAUGACUUGGGCAGUUUCCUGGGGACAUGGGAUCAGCAGCAAGAAGCCGCGGGGCUGAAGAUUUCGGGAUAAGAAUGGGCGUUUCUGCCCUCAGUACACACUCUGGACGUUUGGAUCAAGGAUCAAAGAAUGGCAGUAGAAUAUCGAGACCC